AUGCAGCGCCUGGUGUCGACGUGGGCGGAGGAGAGUAGCGCAAAGAUAUUCCCCUCGCUCACGUGGCGUCGGGGGGCCUUAUCAGUCCUCUUGUGUGUAAGAUCGCCGCACGUCUCAUGCAUUGGCCCCGACGUAGCACUCUGGAUACGCCGCAAACGCAACAACCACCCGGCUUGUGUCGUGUUCUGCUGCUUUAAGCGUUGCGGUCCCCCUACAGCGAGCGGCCGCCGCCACAUUUGCUGUGAGAAUGUGUACGCGUACGAGGCGAUACCAGCUGAGUAG